UGGUGGGGGGGCAGGGGAAGAGACAGCAACCAGACUCAGGUCUGAAGUUUCGGCUUGGGUGCUGAGCGAAGCAGACAGGCAGCACCAGCCCGCAGAGACCACCCUGUCCCCACCCCCAGUCUCUCCUGCUCCCAUCACCAUGGGGAGCACUCUCAUGCCUCAACUCUGCCUUAUAUCCUUGGUGCUGGGUCUCUUGUCUGGAGGUGGGAGUGCCACGCCAUUGUCUGAGGCCAGGCCCCAAGGCCCCUGCCCUCUGGAGGGAGUACAGAUCAAAGGUGGCUCCUUCAGACUGCUCAAGGAGGGCCAGGCGCUGGAGUACCUGUGUCCCUCUGGCUUCUACCCAUACCCCGUGCAGGCUCGCACCUGCAGAUCCACGGGGUCCUGGAGCACCCUGCAGACCCAAGACAAAAUGGUUGUCAAGAAGGCAGAAUGCAGAGCAAUUCGGUGCCCAAGACCACAGGAGUUUGAGAAUGGGGACUACUGGCCCCGGGCGUCCUACUACAAUGUGAGUGAUGAGAUCUCUUUCCGCUGCUAUGAUGGUUUUACUCUCCGGGGCUCCGCUAACCGCACCUGCCAGGCCACAGGUCGCUGGGACGGACAGACGGCCAUCUGUGAUGAUGGAGCGGGCUACUGCCCCAACCCGGGCAUCCCCAUUGGCACAAGGAAGGUGGGCAUCAACUACCGCCUUGAAGACAGAGUCACCUACUACUGCAGCCGAGGCCUCACCCUGCGUGGCUCCCAGCAGCGGACAUGCCAGGAAGGCGGCUCUUGGAGUGGAACCGAGCCUUCCUGCCAAGACUCCUUUAUGUAUGACACCCCUGAAGAGGUAGCCGAAGCCUUCCUGUCGUCCCUGACUGAGACCAUAGAGGGCGUGGAUGCUGAGGAUGGCCACAUCCCAGGGGAGCAGCAAAAGAGGAAGAUUGUCCUGGACCCGUCGGGCUCCAUGAACAUCUACCUGGUGCUGGACGGAUCAGACAGCAUCGGGGCUGGCAACUUCACAAGAGCCAAGAACUGUCUCCGGGACUUCAUUGAGAAGGUGGCAAGUUAUGGGGUGAAGCCAAAAUAUGGUCUAGUGACAUAUGCUACAAACCCCAAAGUCUGGGUCCGAGUGAGGGACAAAAACAGCAGCGAUGCCGACUGGGUCACAAAGAUACUCAACCAAGUCAGCUAUGAAGAUCACAUGUUGAAGUCCGGGACCAACACCAAGAAGGCCCUGGAGGCAGUAUACAGCAUGAUGAACUGGCCAGGGGAGACCCCCCCAGCAGACUGGAACCGCACCCGCCACGUUAUCAUCCUUAUGACUGAUGGCUUGUACAACAUGGGCGGGGACCCGGUCUCUGUCAUUCACAAUAUCCGGAACUUCCUGGACAUUGGGAGGGAUCACAAAAACCCACGGGAGGAUUAUCUGGAUGUCUAUGUGUUUGGGGUUGGGCCUCUGGUGAACCAAGAGAACAUCAAUGCUUUGGCUUCCAAGAAGGAUAAGGAACAACACGUAUUCAAAGUCAAGGACAUGGAAAACCUGGAAGACGUUUUCAUCCAAAUGCUUGAUGAAACCCGGACUCUGGGGCUCUGUGGAAUGGUUUGGGAGCACAAGAAAGGCACUGAUUACCACAAGCAGCCAUGGCAUGCCAAAAUCUCCAUCACUCGCCCUUCAAAGGGACACGAAACCUGUAUGGGGGCUGUGGUGUCUGAGUACUUUGUGUUGACAGCAGCACACUGUUUCACAGAGAAUGAUCAGAAACACUCAAUCAAGGUCAGCGUGGGAGGGAAGAAGGAAUUGGAGAUAAAGGAAGUCCUAGUUCACCCCAACUACAACAUCAAUGGGAAAAAAGAAAAAGACAUUCUUGAAUUUUAUGACUAUGACGUGGCCCUGAUUGAGCUUGAGAAGAAGCUAGAGUAUGAUCAGACACUCAGGCCCAUUUGCCUCCCAUGCACUCAGGCAACAAAUCAAGCUUUGAGGCUUCCGCCGUCAACCACGUGCCAGCAGCAGAUGGAAGAGCUGCUCCCUGCAAAGGACAUCAAAGCUCUAUUUGUGUCAGAGUUAUCCAAAGACAGGAGGAAGGUGCUGGUUCGGAAGGAGGUCUACAUCAAGAAUGGGGACAAGAAAGCCAGCUGUGAGAAAGACGCUCAGUAUGCCUCCGGCUAUGAGAAGAUCAAAGACAUCUCUGAAGUGGUCACUCCCAGGUUCCUUUGCACUGGAGGGGUGAAUCCCUAUGCUGACCCCAAUACUUGCAAAGGUGAUUCUGGUGGUCCUCUGAUUAUUCACAAGAAGAGUCGCUUCAUUCAAGUUGGCGUGAUCAGCUGGGGUGUAGUGGAUGUUUGCAAAGACCGGAGGCGGUGGCAGCAGGUACCUACUCAUGCCCGAGACUUUCACGUCAACCUCUUCCAAGUGAUGCCCUGGCUCAAGGAGAAACUCAAAAAUGAGGAUUUGGAAUUUCUGUAAGGGGUUCCCUGCUGGGAAGGGGUAUGAGAUAAAAUUAAAACAGCUGCGACAAUA